CACAAACUCACAAGCUACUACUCACAGUGCACAGCACAAGCUAACUAAGGUAGCAUCAUGGCGGUGUUGAGCAGGGCAGCGAUGGUGCUGACCAUGAUGGGCCUCGCUGCCACUUCAGCCCUUUCACAGCCGUCGUUGAUCUCCAUGACCACCGACGUGCCCCUUCCCGACGGCCUGUCUUACGACUUCCACGCCUUGUCCUGCAGCAACCUACAGAACAUGGUGCGCGACGCCGUGCAGGGAGCGAUGGCAAGGGAUGCCGGCGUCGUCCCCGGCCUCCUCCGCCUCUUCUUCCAUGACUGCUUCCCUCAGGGUUGUGACGCAUCGAUCCUGCUGACGGGAGGCAACAGUGAGCAGAACAUGCCUCAGAACGGUGGGCUUCGGAGGAGCGUGCUCGACCUCAUCGAGGGCAUCCGCGCAACCGUGCACCGCGCAUGUGGGCCCACCGUGUCAUGCGCCGACAUCACCAGCCUCGCCACCAAGGAGGCCGUCAUGCAGUCCAGGCUGCCGGGUUAUGACGUGCCGCUUGGCCGCCGAGACAGCCUCGCGCCUGCUACGGCCCAACAAGUCGGGAUCCUGCCCGGACCCGACUUCAACGUCGAGCGGCUCGUGAGAACCUUCGCCGAUCGCGGGUUUGACAAGAUGGACCUCGUGGCGCUCUCUGGUGCGCACACCGUCGGCAAGGCCAGCUGCGGCAGCUUCAGGAACCGCGCUGGGGAGAACGCCGACUUCGUCCGCGUGCUCCAGCAAGUUUGCGCCAGAAACCCUGGCCACUUGCAGGACCUCGACGUGACCACCCCCAACACGUUCGACAAUAGGUACUACAACAAUCUUCAGGUGGGGAGGGGAGUGCUCAACUCCGACAUGGCGCUCACCCAGGACGGCGAGACCAGGAACUGGGUCAACAACUUCGCCGGGAACCAGGGGUGGUUCUUUAGCCAGUUCAGCACCUCCAUGAGGAAGCUGGCGCAUUUGCCAGGAGGAAACAUCGGCGAGAUCCGCAACAACUGCUUCAGGCGCAAUGGGAAUGGAGAGUCUGUCGUCCUCGCCGCUGAGAUUUUUGCGGCCUUUGCUUGACAGAUCAGAUUGAUCAUACCGUUAGCGCCGUCGACUGCAUGUAUGAUCAACGGCAUGUCAUGCCAUGCAUGUAAUAAGAGCUUGCUACAUAGCUUAUGUUUUGCUUGAUUGCAAGUAGCGUAUGGCCACGUAGCAUAGAGCCACUAGGCAGGCCCCCUGUAUCGUUUCAGUUCACAAACUAUCUUAAUUUCCUUACUUUAGCUUUCA